AUGCUUUCAAAAUCACAGAUUGAUACAUUUAAUCAAGAGGGAUGUUUAUGCAUCCCUAAUUUUUUGACACAAGAGGAAACAAAAUUGCUUUUAUCCCGUUCCAAACAACUCUUAGAUGAGUUGGAUCUACUGGCGCACCCCAAAACGCAAUUUAAAACUGGGGAAAAUGAUCAUGUUGGGGAUAACUAUUUCUUCGAUUCUUCAGACAAAGUGUCGUAUUUCUUCGAUACUGAUGCCUUUGACGAUAAAGGAGAGUUGAAGUACCCAAAAGAACAGGCUAUCAAUAAAAUAGGCCACGGGUUACACUUGCACGAUGAGGUCUUCAGCAAGAUUACAUUCGAUGAGAAAGUAGUUGGCAUCGCGAAAAGUUUAGAGUAUGUAGAUCCAAGAGUCCUUCAAAGUAUGUGCAUUUUUAAACAACCCAUGAAGCAAGAAGAUGAAGGAGAUGAAAGUGUAGAGAGAGAGAACUUGGUCCCGGUACAUACUGAUGGAACAUUUUUAUUUACUGAACCGCAUUCCGCCUUAGGAUUUUGGUAUGCAUUAGAAGACUGUACCCUUGAGAAUGGGUGUUUAUGGUACAAUCCAGGAACUCACAAAACUUUCCCCAUAACCAAAAGGUUCGUGAAAAUAGAUGGAGGUGAAGGGGGAACCAAUUUCAUUCCAGUGGAUACGUACGAUAAAGGCUUGGAGCCAAUUCCAGAAGAUAAGCCUGAAGAUUACAAGAGUAUUGAAUGUAAGGCAGGUUCAUUGGUACUUAUUCACAAUUCGGUGCUACACAAGUCAGACAAGAAUAGGCUGAAGAAACUGAGAUUUAUAUACGCCUUCCAUCUAAUUGAUGGGAAAAGCAAAUAUGAUGCAUUGAAUUGGUUGCAAGUUCCACCGGGAAAAUCGGGCGGAACCGAAUUUACAAAACUAUACAAGGAAGUAAGUGUAUGA